UUGCGUGGCAAGGAUAGUUGUGUCGUCUGCCGAUAUGACAAAGUUGAUAUCACUGUGAUAUUGUGUGUAAUCAGAAAUAUACUUCCGGUUGGGAAGGCGGUGAUUGCUUGAAUGUCUGUUUACCUCGUACAGAUCUUAAGUGAUCCGAGAUAAUUAGUAGCAAGAUUUGCCCUGCUAUUUGAUGUUUAUUGUUUCUAUAGGAGCAGUUUUUGCUGUCAUUUAGGUUACACUAUAGUAGUACAAUGAGUGCUAUAAAUUUUACAUCGCCGAAACCAGUACUGCGUGAUAACCGAAAGAAUUUUGAUUCGAUGUCACUGAUGGACAGUGACAGUGUUUGCUCCCAAGAGAAUUUUGCGGCGAAUUUGGUGUACGAGUUUCUCCGUAGCUACGAAUUCAAGGAAACCGUGACCAGCUUCGUAGAAGAAUGUAACAAUAUGGGUUUUGUGCUCAAUGAACCGACUACACUGAAAGAAAAAAUACAGAGGCAGGAUGUUUGUAAAAUCCAGAAAGUUUUCCUUGAAAACUCCGAUAUGGAAUUUUUCAAUGCUUGGAAUACUCUCAUACCACCAUCAAUAAAAAGUAAACUUGAAUACAGAAAACUGACUUUUUACCUUCAUGUCUAUUUUGCAAUAAUAAAGGAAUCUGAAAAAAUGGAAGAUCCUUCUAACACAAAUUUUUGUAAUGAGAACUCUGGACUUAAAGGAAUGGCUGUGGGGCAUGAAUAUAAUUGCAGUGACGCCAGAGUAGAAGACAAAAGUGAAAAUGAAAUAAAUAAGAGUCACAAUGUGAAAGAGAAUUUUAUGUCUUUGGAGAACACAGAUACAAUAACGGAAUGUGGUGAUCAGAUGGAGGGCCGGCUUACAAAUGAAAUUAAAGAUAUGGAUGUUAAAAGUGACAGUUCUGUUAUGGCUAAAAAAGGGGAGUUUCGUAACCUGGAACUAAUCUCUGACAAUUGCUAUGAAAAUGAAAGUGUUAGCAGUGAAUCUGAGAUGAACAUUUACAAUGGGCAAAGUGGAAUGAUUGCCUUAAAAAACUUUUUGGAAACCGAAGGAUGUGAAUUUAGUGGUGAAACAGAAUUUCUUCGAUUCUAUGCACUUCCAUAUGUUAACGAUCCAAAGUCUCAUCCAUCAUUCCAGAAUCUAUUUACAGAUACAUGGAUUUCAGACCUAAGAGCCAAACUCAAUCAGUUCCUGUUUGAACAUAGCUGUGGACCAAGUGUUGCACCACAGUUAUUACAAGUAUGCAAUGUAUUCCACAACCACAAGGAAAACAGCAGAGGAACCACACAGUCUGUGUUGCUUUCCAAAUACCAAAAGUUGCGGCGAAACUAUAACAGCUUGCGAUCAGAUCAUCAUAAUCUAAUUGGUGUGGCAGCUGAACUAACAGAUGCUUUGGAAAAAUCUGUGACUGGACAAGAGGUUGACUUAGAAAUGACAUUAACAAACUGCACAAAAAUAUAUCCAGAACUUUUCAAGAAUGAUUUGAAAAUUAGAAAUCAUCCAUAUUUGGAACCUGCACUUGGAGAAAUACAUAGACCUUCAGUUUCCCAAGGAAAAGAAAUUUCUUUGUCAAAUAUUAUGACACAUUUUGAACUUGACUUCAAAAAAAUAAAACACCAUUUGACAUCGGGAAGUGUUAAAACCAAACUGCUGCUUUUACAAGCCCUUCGUUGGCGUAUCACACAAAAUUCUCUUGAGGAACGUGAAGCAGCACUGGGAGCAUAUUUUCGACAUGAUGUUCUCUCUUUGCGACUGAAUCGGUGUCAGCUACUGGCAACACAGCUUAUACCAACAGAUGUAGCUACACCACAUCCACUUCAGCAGGCAGCUGCAAGAUUACUAAAUACUUUGGCAUCACUUCAUACAGGAAGGGAUUAUCUCUGUUCAGCUGGACGCCCUCUUAUUGAUACUGUGAUUGAAUGUAUCUCAGGUCACAAUCCAGCAGUUAAUGUUGAUACUGUCACAACAGACAUGCUGCUAGCUGCAUUGCAAAAGCUGUCACUCAGACGAGAACAAAGAAUAUUCAUGAUUGAUGGGGGUCUAGUGGAGUGGCUGGUGCAAAGACUGGAAGCAACUCAGCAUACACAAAUGCGAUCCUAUGCUCUUGAGUAUACCAUGGCGCUGUUCAUGAAUCUGUGCCUUCACCGACAAGCCAGAGAGCGUUGUGUGCCAUUUGCAAGGCCAUUGGUUGAAAUACUUGCAUCCUAUCUUGGCAAUAGCUUGCUUAAGCCUACACCCUACGUGACUGGGACACUGUACAGUUUACUGGCAAACCAUCAGAUUAACCAAGAAGCCAAGAGAAGUGGACUUUGUGACAUUUUGGAGCAUUUACAGAAGCAAAGCACAGGAGAAGUGCAACAUCAGUUGGAAUGCCUUCUCAAACGUCACAAGGACCUCCUGCCUGACCAAUAUACAUCUAGUGAAGAGGAGAUCACCGAUGAUGACACAGUAGAGCUUGACUUGUUAGAAGAUGAACUUGAUGCAGAUGAUCCAGUGACAAACAUUCAUGGUGAACUAUGUGGUGAGGCUCUUUUGUAUCAACAAUAUCGUCAACCAUUCCCUCGUCAUGGUUUGGUUUUGCCAUCGAAUACAUUACCUCAUGCAGGAGAACCUGUUUUUCGUGCUACCACACCCCAGCUGCAGCGGUCACAGGCACUCGGUCAUCCAUCAAAUGCGCUGAUAUUAGAGAACAUUGACUCAGCAACUGAUGGGGAAAGCACAAAGGAAGUUGUCACAUUUAAUGACAUACUGUCUGGUCCUGUUCAGAUGGCUGUACUUGGCUCAGAAGUGGCACAUUCAGCAGUACAAGGUACAACAGCAGCAGAAGAUUGUUCAUCUGUCUGUGAAGAACGGGAAAAUGAAUUUACAAAAGCUUUCACGUCCCGUCCACGUAUACCUCGGACACCAUCAACAGGGAAACCUUCUUAAACAGAAUUACUUUCCAUGCUAAAGAAGGGCUGUUAUCAGAUCAGGAAUUAGCAAAUGUAACUGUUUUUAUCUGAUUAGUUUCUGAAAUAUUUCUGUGCAUUUUAAAAGUUU